GCUUUUAGUGGGCGGGGUUCCGCGUGGAACUCUUCGGUUUCUUCUACUUAAGUUUGUGUGCGCCGACCGUUCCCGGAGGUCGAGCGCGUUCUAGUUCCGUUUUACAGCUGUGUUUUUAACCGGACGGGCUUGAGGUCGUGUCACGCAAAUGCUCGUGUAGUUUUCUUUUAGCGUCACCGCCAUCUUAAGUUUUUAUUCGCCCGUUCCUUCGGAAGCGUUCCCUCGCUGUGCUGAAGUCUCCGGCGGUGAUGUGGAAGGGGAAGUCGCACGCUCCGCACCCGUUCGUUCAUGAAGUGGACCUAACGGCCGCUCGGCGGAUCCAGGGGAUGGUUCUGGGCGUGGUUCUGUUUCCUGUGCGCAUCACCCUGGCCACGCUCUUCUUCCUGCUCAUGUGGCCCAUCGCUCGUCUGCGAUUGGCCGGUCUGUCGGCGGCGGAGCGGGCGGAGCCUGUGCGGGGCUGGCGCUGGUGGCUCUUCCAUCACAUCAUGCUCUUCCUCAGCCGCGCCGUCUUCUUCUCCAUGGGCUUCCUGUGGAUUAAGGUCAAAGGUCGUCAGGCGGGGGUGAAGGAGGCUCCGGUGUUGGUCGUAGCUCCACACAGUGGCUUCCUGGACAUGCUGGUGCUUUGCGCGACGGGUCUGCCGAUGGUGGUGUCACGGUCAGAGAACUGCAGACUGCCGGUCAUCGGAGCGCUGCUGGAGUUCAAUCAGUCUGUGAUCGUGAGUCGAAAAGAUCCUCAGUCCAGGAAGAAAUGUGUGUCUCAGAUCUGUGAGAGAGUCACGUCUGACGCCCACUGGCCUCAGAUGCUCAUGUUUCCAGAAGGAACAACAACUAACGGCCGAGCUCUGAUUAAAUUUAAACCUGGAGCGUUUCUGGCCGGUGUUCCCGUCCAGCCCGUGCUGCUCCGCUACCCUGGAGAACCGGACACGGUUCGCUGGACCUGGAAAGGGCUGACGUGGCUCGCAGCUCUGUGGCACACCUCUCAGAUCUACACCAGCGUCACCGUGGAGUUCCUGCCCGUCUACGUGCCGUCGCAGGAGGAGAAACAGAACCCAGAGUUAUACGCUGAGAACGUACAGAAGGUCAUGGCUCAAGCUCUCAAUGUUCCCGCCACUGAUUAUGUGAUGGAGGGCCGUUUUCCUGUGAAGAAACUGGGAAACCUCUCACUUCCCCUGGAGCCUCCGGCACAGGAAACACUCCGCCUGCUCCAUGAACACAGUCUCUCUAGCAGUCACGUGGAGGCGGUGAUGAACCGGAUGAUUGACAGCUGUCAGUCAGGAGAGAGCACCAUGGUAACGGUCGAUCACCUGACGGAUCUUCUGGGGCUGAAGGACAGACAGACAGGUGUAAAGAUCUGCUCGCUUUACUCCAAGGACGAUACGGUGGAUCUGAGGCAGAUCUGUCUGAGUGUUUCUGCUGUGUCUGGGUUCAGGAGUCUGGAGUCUCUCAUACACACCGCGUUCACGUGGUUCGAUGCAGACCAGGAUGGCGUGUUGAGCGCAGACGAUCUGUCCGGCCUGAUGGGGGCGCUGCUGGGUGUCCCUCAGUACUUCAUCACAGAGAUGUUCACGGCGCUGACCAGCAGGGGGCGACCCACCGAAGCUUCUCUGCGAGACUUGCUGACGACGCAUCCGGUUUAUCGCAGAGUUAUUAGCGACUAUCUCCGCUGCAGCGGGCCCGCGGACGGAAACCACAACGGCAUUCCCAACGGAAAGGCCAACGGCAACAACAACGGGAUUUAUACCGGUUACGGAGCGAGCGGUACGAAGUCCGACUGAAGCUGCGCCGCCGUACUGGGACGAACAUCUUCAGACGUGCCGCAUCUUUCUAGCGAGCCGAGUGUUAGCGCACGCUAACUAGCAUGGACGGUGAGCACGAGUCCAGGGUCGGGUCGAGGUUCUGUUUACGCGCGUACGAAUGAUUUCUUUCUUGAGCGUUACUCUUAAUUUGUGUUUUUGCUGGGAAUGAUACUGUGAGAAUAUGCCACCACUACAUGUGCCUUGGAACAAAAGCCUAUAUAGAUAUAUAUAUAUAUUUUAUCAAGAAGUCUGUUUGUGUAUUUAAAACUGUAUAUUUUUGUCAUUUUAAGCUUUGUAUAUCAGAAAAACCAAAGACUGCACUGCGAAGGAUUUGGGCCGAAGUGUCAUAUUUUAUACUUUUUAAUAUAUUAAAAUUCUUAAAUAAA